GCGCCCUCUGCGGGGCGGAAGUGAGGUAUGGACAGCGGAAGUUCCCGCCCCGGCCCCGCCUCCGCCCCUGGCUCACGCGAGCUGGGUGUUUCCUGCCUCUUUCAGUCCAGGUUGGGAGACUCCGGCGUCCUCCAGCUUUUCAUGGAAGAGAUGUCAGGAGAAAGUGUGGUGAGCUCAGCGGUGCCAGCGGCUGCUACCCGCACCACUUCCUUCAAGGGCACGAGUCCCAGCUCCAAGUAUGUGAAGCUGAACGUGGGCGGCGCCCUCUACUACACCACCAUGCAGACGCUGACCAAGCAGGACACCAUGCUGAAGGCCAUGUUCAGUGGGCGGAUGGAAGUGCUCACCGACAGUGAAGGCUGGAUCCUCAUUGACCGCUGUGGGAAGCACUUUGGUACGAUACUCAACUACCUUCGUGACGGGGCAGUGCCCUUGCCGGAGAGCCGCCGGGAGAUCGAGGAGCUGCUGGCAGAAGCCAAGUACUACCUGGUCCAGGGCCUGGUGGAAGAGUGCCAGGCAGCCCUGCAACAGAACAAAGAUGCUUAUGAGCCUUUCUGCAAAGUUCCUGUUAUCACCUCAUCCAAAGAAGAACAGAAACUUAUAGCGACUUCAAACAAGCCAGCCGUGAAGUUACUCUACAACAGAAGUAACAACAAAUACUCAUAUACCAGCAAUUCUGACGACAACAUGUUGAAAAACAUUGAACUCUUCGAUAAGCUGUCUCUGCGCUUUAACGGACGGGUCCUGUUCAUAAAGGAUGUCAUCGGGGACGAAAUCUGCUGCUGGUCCUUUUAUGGGCAGGGCCGGAAGAUUGCUGAGGUCUGUUGUACCUCCAUCGUCUAUGCCACUGAGAAGAAGCAGACCAAGGUGGAGUUCCCUGAGGCCCGGAUUUAUGAGGAGACCCUGAAUAUUUUGCUGUAUGAGGCCCAGGAUGGCCGUGGACCUGACAAUGCGCUCCUGGAGGCCACAGGUGGGGCGGCUGGGCGCUCCCACCACCUGGACGAAGACGAGGAGCGGGAGCGGGAGCGCAUCGAGCGUGUGCGGCGGAUCCACAUCAAGUGACCUGACGACCGUGCCCACCUCCACCAGUGAGCAGGCAAGCGGACCCGAGCUCUCCUCCCUCCUCCCCACUCUGCACUGAUCCCUGCGGGCUCCCAGGCACCUUCCACUUCCCCUGGAGUCUGGAGACACUUUUGUAACAAGCCAGAUGAUUUUGAUAUUUCUCGACAAGGUGAAUUGAUUUGUACCAGGCGAAUGCUCCCGUGUUGUUGACAAGCUGUGUCCAAGGGCUCUACUUUCUGUGAGAACCUGGAAGGCCCGCUGGGUUCUCAAAGGAAAAGUGUGAAUGCGUACGAAGCGUAUGUGAGGACUUUCGUUUGCAGUAUUUAUUUUUGUGGAUGUUGACUACCUGUUGGAGCUUCUUGGAUGGCGUUGCCUUUGGGGUUCAGUGUGAUAGCUCUGAGGGAUCCUGCAGCUGGUGGCCACCAGGGGUGUCUUCAGGCUCCGUUGUCCCUCAUCCUCCCGCCCACCCGGCACACUGGCUGGUGCCUGCACGCUUCCCAGACGGCUUUGCUAGAAGUCCAGUCUGCAGCAGGACUUCAUGCCCAGAGCGUGUUGGUAAAUAACUGCGGCUUGUGGCAGUGGAGGCGGGACCUGGUGGGCUUCGUGUAGCUCUGGGUGCCUGAUCUGUUUAGGGGCAAGCCUCUUGCUACCUUGGCUGGUCUGUGGUCUGGUGCCUGGUGGGCCCUACACCUCUGGCUAGGGCAGAGCUGUGCUGGUAGCGAGUGCUCGCCCUUGUUGCCUUGCUGCUUUCCAGGAAGGCCCUCUGGCCUGGUUGUGGGCACAGCUCACAAACCGAGGGAUCCAUUCCUUCCUCCUUAAGUUGGGCUUACUGCCGCAGUAGGUGCCCUGCCCUUUGCUUAGAAACUCAGUGUGGCCCCAGCCUGGCAUCCAUGCGGGACCACCAGCACCAGCAGCCUCAGGGCAGCUUGCCUGCUGUAAACGUAGCCAUCACCUGGAGACCCCUUGUGUGUCUUUGCCUCUGAUUUUGACAUGGAUGGAGUGGCUGUCAGUAAGAGAUGUGCGGAUCGUUUGGGUCCGGUUAGUGUUCAUGGUGUUCAGGGGAUGUGUGUGACUGUGACGGGGGGGUGUGCAUGUGGGGGAUGGGCGUUCUCGGUACCUACCUCCCAGUCUCCUCUGCGCCUGUCAGGGACAGAGUGAGAUGUGACUCGUAUCGGUGGUUGAGACUAGACUAGGUAGUUACAAGGUGAUAGGAAUGUGUGUAAGGUAGUGGGUGGUUUUUGUCCACUUUUCAAGGGAAACGUUACCGUUUUAUACCAAAGGUAUUAAUAUGGGCAGCCUCUGAUACAAUGUAGUCCAAAAAAACGAGUUUAUAUUUUGAAAUGGUUUUUACAGCUUCGACUUUGUACGCACUGCCCUACUGGCGACAGUUGUACGCCUUCCUUUUGUGUCCAGCAGCGAAGCCUCCAAUAAACCUUUAACCAAGGGUGACAACCCCAAAGUCAAGGACUGGGUAGAUGCUUUUUAAACUGUGUGGGAACCUUCGCAUGAGGCCGUUCGGAUUCUAUUAAGUGCUAAGGAAAGGGGGGCUUAAAAAAUGUUUCUUAAAUGUUUCAUACUGUUCGCGUUCCAACAGCAGCCCUGCCGUUCGGGUUGAACUUUUCUAGAAGUUAAAGUGAAUGUCAGUUCCAUUGUUUCCUGUAGGAAUGGAAAAGCCAUCAAAUUGUUUUUAAAUGUUUACACGAAGAGUACGUUUGUGGAACAAGUGAUUUGUUUGGGCUUCUCCACCUGAUGACCUAACGUUUCUGGCCGUCUCUGUCUGUCUCCUUUCACUGCUCCCCUGGGAUAUGAGAGGUCCCUACGACAUUCCAGGUGAAUGCUGCUGCAUGGCCCUGAGCUGACAGAGGGCCUUGGCUGGCCCAGCGGUUAUCCAGUAUAUUCUACAAGGACCUAAUUUUUCUUAUGCUGGCAUUGGGGCAAACACAAGUCAGUAUUUACGCUUAAGAACCAUCCAAGUAAAACACGGGCCUAAGAUCUGGUAAAGAGUAAAAUUUUAUUACAUUGUUAUAGCUUACAGUGAAAGAGGCGAACAGCUUUUGGUCCCUUGUAAUCAAGUUGUUUUUUCAACUACGCCACCUGAUGGUGGUACAGGAGCCUGUGCCCGAGACAGCCCCUGGCAGAGCCCCUUCUGUCGCCCUCCUGCAGCGGCUUAGCAGGUUGGUCGCUGGGCAGGUCCCAGCCCUCUGCUUACUAAUAGGUGUGUGUGCCUCCCAGCAGCUAUUCAGGGCCCACGUGGGAACACGCAGCCCGACUCUUGGAUUGGGUGCUGUCUACACAUCUGUGUGUCCUUAAGCUUUCUGUUUCUCUGUGCUAUGGAAAAAGAUGCUGUAAGCUUUAGAAGUCGUCACUGUAUGUUGUGCAAGCAUUUGUGGACAUAAUGUACAAUAAAAGUUAUAUAUAUAAUGCUUCUACGUAA